GCAAACGUCGCGAAGAAACGCAUUACACAAGGUUGGUUUUUAGCAGCACUAAGCGAAAGAUCUCCUAAAAAAUCAGACAUAGUAACUCUAGAGAAACUAUGGAAAGGCAAUUUGGACUGCUCAAUUUGCCUCAAAGCAAAAGAGAAAGACCUCGAAAUAACUCUGACUGAAGAUACUAUCACUCCAGAAAUCGCUCCGGUUAAAAUAAAGAGCUUAUUAUCACCAAAAAGCUUUUAUCAUUCAUACAAGCACUUAAAUAAAUUCAGUUUGACAUAUUUUGGACAAUUAAUCAACUUUGAAAGAAGAAACAUGAUUACUUGGCAACAAUUAAAAAAAGUCUUAGGCCUUUCAAGUCAAGAAAAGAAAGCUUUUUGGUUCACUGAACUAGAAAGAGAAGUAAUUAUAGAAACAGACACAAGAGAAAUUGCAGCAAGCCUUAACAUGCCAGAACCGAAUUCGCUAGCCCUGAAGAUCAAAAAGACCCUCAUUUCAGAGGACCGACGGGUAAAGGAUUGGGUCAUAUAUAAUAGUGAUUUAAGUAAACAAGAAUAUGGUAGAAUAACACAGAAGGCAAAAAAAGAAGUAUGUGUCGAACAUUGGCGCGAUAGUUUAUCUCAAAAGUCAGCAAAUGUCUGCAUUGUCAAAUGCGAAGGCUGUCAAUUUGGAGAAGAAAGUAGUAAAGGUGUCUGUACAAGCUGGAUCAAGAAAGAAAAUGUCGUAGGGGUGCUCCCAAGGCCAUAUAGAGAAGGAGAUAAACGUAAAUUCCCAAUAAACGUGGAUAUGGUUUCUGGGGCAAGAAAAAAGAAAAGAAUAAGUAGUAUAGGUUCAAAAGAACAAAUUUUCA